GUGAACACAAGUUACGGAAUAUAUCUGAUGGUUUUAAGUAAUUUUUUGAAAACGCCAAUAUAACUGAUCAUUGUCGCACAUGUUUCCGUACAUCUGUUAUCGAUGUCCUGUUGUUGGUUCAUAUUUGUGGUUGAAUAAAAGUGUCGGAUAUUAGUGUAGCGUUUUAGACAGAUAAAAGACUUGCUGAAUCUCAUAAUGGCAGAGCGUUUAAACAUCCAUCUGCAAAAAUCCACCAAGAACAAACUUGAAAAAUUCAAACAAAUAAGAGGUAAAGAAGUUCAGUCUGAUGAACUCUGGGAUCUUGUGGUCAUCUCUGCAGUGGAUGAGGACCAGAGGUCUGCUUAUGAAAUUCAGAUCACUGAGAAACUGGAGAGGAAAGAACUGCCUCUUGGCAUCAAUUAUCAUGUGUUUGCAGAUCCUCCAGGAUGCAAGAUUGGUAAUGGUGGAUCAACUUUACAUUCACUGCAGUGUCUACAUGAUAAAUAUGGCAAGUCACUGUCAGGAUGUAAAGUCAUCCUUAUUCAUGCAGGAGGAUUCAGUCAACGUUUACCCAGUGCCAGUGCCCUGGGUAAAAUACUCACAGCUGUGCCCCUGGGAAACCCUUUAUAUCAAAUGCUGGAGCUCAAACUUGCAAUGUAUGUGGAUUUCCCCUCACACAUGAAGCCGGGAAUGCUGGUUACCUGUGCUGAUGAUAUAGAGCUCUACAGUGUCUCUGACCAAGAGAAUGUGGUGUUUGAUAAGUCAGGUUUUACUGCCUUAGCACAUCCCUCCCCUCUCUCUAUUGGUACCACUCAUGGAGUUUUUGUUCUCGAACCAGCAGAGAUGCCCAGAAUUUGUGAUAUGGAAUACAGAACUUGCUCUCAAUUUCUGCACAAACCAAGCAUUGAAAAGAUGUUCAAAUGCAACGCCGUAUGCAAGAGGGAAGGAGAGGAGUUUGUUUACACUGACAGCACUUACUAUUUUGAUUAUGGGACUGCCAUGACCCUGCUGACCUUGUUCAGUGAAAUGAGCCCUCUGACAUGUGAAAUCGAUGCUUAUGGAGACUUUCUUCAAGCCCUGGGGCGAAGAGCUACUGUGGAUUACACGGAAAACACUGCCAACGUCACAAAGAAGGAAAACGGUCUCGUUGAGAUUCGCAGAAAGAUUUUCCAUCGUCUCAAAGGCACAGUACUCAGCGUCAUCCUGUUGAACAACUCCAAGUUUUAUCAUGUCGGCACCACAGAGGAAUACUCGUUCCACUUCACCGCUGACCCCUGUCUCAGAGCAGAACUCGGUCUGCUCUCUGCUGCCUUCAGUGUGUGCGACUUGGAGCCAUCAGAGAAAACUAGAGUUUGCGUGUCGCACAGCAUCCUGCAUCCCAGUGUGACUGUAUCCCAGGGCAGUGUUGUGGAAUACUCCAGACUGGAUGCUAGAGUUAAAGUCGGAAGUAGAUCUAUCAUCAGCGGCUGCUGGAUAGGCACGGAUCUAACAGUGCCAAGUGACACCUUCAUACACUCUUUGUCUGUAAACCUGGAUGGAAAAACGGGUUUUGUGACUGUGGUUUUUGGUGUUAAAGAUGAUCUGAAGAAAAGUGUAUCCAGUCCUGCUCAUAUGAAAGCAUUGAGUUUGUUUAAGAUUAAUCUGGAGGACUGUGUUGGACUCUGGGGUUUGUUUCCUGAGAAGGUCAGGUUCUCAGGAGACACAUCUAUGUGUAGUUUGUGGAACACCUGCAUUUUCACAGUGUGCUCCAAUCUAAAGGAUUCAUUUGUGAUAUCACUGGGGAUGCUGAAGGCACUGGAUAGUGGAACCAUUUUCACACUACCAAAAAAAGCCACACUAACCUCUUUACAAGAAACUCUGCAGAACAAGAACCUGGAGGAAAUGCUGAAAUUUAGGAAAGAACUUCAUGAAGACAUUCUUAGGGUGAAUUUAAGUAAUUCGGUCUGAGCAUGUAUGUGUAAAUUAUCAAUAAUUUCAUUGCGUAUACUGCUGAGCAAAGGCAAAGCCUUGUAAGUACUGAGAUAAUGCCUUCAAAGUUCAAUUUAAAUUUUCAAUUUGCAAACCGUAUGCCACAGUAUAGAGAUAGUCCUGAUUUUAAUCUCAAAACUCAGUUUUGACAAAAGGUUACUACUUUUUGCCUUGUAGGGCAGUAUAGCCAUGCAACGCUGUCUUAUGGCCAAUUUGUACGUAUUUUACGAGGUAGCUAAUUUGAACAAAUUCGUACCUUACUCGACCUUACUCGUACCGAUUUUGUUUAAUUUCUGUCAGUUAAUUUUAGGGGCGGGGUUAGGUGUGGUCCUUCGUACAAAUUCCUACGAAUUUGCCACCUCAUAAAAUACAUACAGUUUUUCACAAAUUCGUACGAGUGAGUUCAUACAAAUUAGCCACCUUGUCAAAAAUGUACGCAUUUCCAUGAGAUCAGGUUGAGCCAUGUGAUGAAAAUCUUAAAUUGCCCAUAACAAACACUAUAGAAAUACCAAGACAGUGCACUCACAUUGCUACGAAUGGGAGAAAGUGCAACAUGCAAUAUGGUGGAAUAAGUCCCUCCUUCUGAAUAAAAGAGCCAAUUGGCAGUUAGUAAAGUCAUGCGUCGCUGUAGCUGCCAUUAAGAUUUGCCAUAGCAACAGUCAGUGUCCUGAGACGCACUUGCAUGCUGGCUGGGCCAGUCUGGAAUAUAAGCUUUUUUUCAUGCUAUUUGAGCAUACGAAACAACUUUUAUAGGACAUUUCAUGCCAGAUUUUGUUGCUGAUUAGAAAUAUGUUAUUUAAAUAUCAGUGUGGCAAGCAGUUUUUUUAGAUUUCAGGAUUUCACCAUUUGAGUAGAUAGGACUUGCAUGUCCAAAAUAGCUGCCCUUAGGCAUUGCAAAUAUGGCUGCUGAGUAAACAUGUAAUAACAUUCUAUUUGUUAUGAAUGCCAAUUAAUAUUUGUAUACCAAUUGUAUUCUGUGACACUAAUUCACUAAAUGGUUGUACCAAACCUAGUCAGUGUUUUUUUUAAGAUUUAUUUUUGGCAUUUUUACCUUUAUUAUAUAGGACAGUAUUUCAGACAGGAAUUGAGGUGGGAUGGGAUUAGGAAAAGUGCACAAGUUGAGAGUCAAACUCGUGAUGCCCCAAAGUGCAACAACGCUAUAUGUUGGUGCGCUGCCCACGAGGCUAUUUGCGCCGACAUCAGUGUUUUUCAAUUCAAUGUUUAUUUUAGUUUU